GGAUUGUAAGUGGUUACCGUUGUGCUGAUUCCCCCACUUUAUGGUAUCGGUUAUAGCCGUUUGUUCUGCCUUUGGUAUGUUGCACGACCCGAGGAUAUCGAUACAUGUUCCGACUUUGCUCGAGUCGGGGGGACGACGAAGAGUUCUAUGUCAGCUGUUCUCACUCUGUACUCGAUGUCUGCCCCGAUCCGGUCCAUUGUGAAUGACUUCGUUGGAGCUAUCGUGGCCCCAAUUAGGAAAGUGGAUCUUUUGCUUAUUCUUUGUCCCGUAGUCUCGAUAUUCAUGUAUCGUGGCUCGGUGACCUUUGCUAGACUCUAUCUUUCCGUCAGCUAUUGUCAUCGUCCUUAUUAUUGUGAAGUCUGGGGGUUGGCUCAGGUUUUGGGGGGGACGAGGUGUUGUGGGUCCAGUUUGCCUGCACCCUUGUUAUCUCAUCAAACCUUCGCCUUCCUCAGUAUAGCGAAUGAGCCCAAUAUCGAUUACUGUGCUGCUAAGUCUGUGGUAUUCGUACAGAACUUAAGUGCAGGUAGUGCGCUUAUUGUUAUUGUCCUAGGGUCGUAGUAUUGGUUGCUCUAGCUC